CGGAAAUGAGCCGAUCUUCCCUUUGCUAGACACGUAAACCAGCUCGUACUCUACUCAACGACAGUUUUGUUGCGUGAGGUUAUCUCCCUCAAAACGCCGUGAGUCUGUUGGACUUGAACUGGACUGUAUUUUCGCACUGUGUCGAGCUGUUUAUGUGCUGGAACGGUUUAAGUUAAAGCAUGUUUGUGCCGGGCGCAAAUGAACAGGAAUGUGAAGCUGGCUUCGAUAAGUGAACUCAAAUGUUUUUGCGACUUAAGCAUAGAGACUGAUGUCUGGGAGAUGUAACUGCAUGUCCUUACUGCAGUCACAUAAAACUAAAGAUUUGAGGUCGCAGGUAUGUUUGAUCCGGUCGCUAGUGUUUCGACAUCGACACAGUUUAGCGUUUAAAGUUGUGGAGUCGAUCGGCUAGUUCAGACAUGCUAACCGACGCCGUUUCGCCUGAAGAAAAUGCUUUUAGAGCUCUAAAAUAAACGAAACCCCAAUGCCACAAUAAUAUUUUUAGUUGUCGUUUGUCAUUUUUAAUUAAAAAUGACAUUAUCUUCCUGUCAUUGAGUGAUUUGCACGGGUGUGGCCGUAGGUUGUUUUCUGGUUGAUUAGCUCCAAUACAAACACGCCUUAAUACAGGUCUGUUGAGGUGUCAUUGUUUAGAUGCCGCCUUCUACUUGUGGCAGUGUAAAACUUUACAUGUCGUCUUAAGCGACACUCAACGUUGUUUUUUGACUCUUUAAUAGCUAUACAAUUAGAUUAAGAGCUAUCUGUGCUUAUUAUUGCUUUAUACUAUAGUUAUUAAUGUGUAAUUAUCAAUUAUAUUAGCUUUCCCCCACACACUGACACUUUAUUAAUGUUAUAGCAUUUUAAUUUUCUCCGUUGUGCAUUAUAAAGUAAUAGUGCCGACAUGACCACAGUUGUAGGGCGAGUUUGGGGGUGGGUCAGUCCAGCGAAUCUGUACUCCUGGGGCAAUAAGACCAAACCUGAGGAACCCCCAACAACGGAGAUUCAGACCAGAAGCAGAUGGGGCUUAUGGGGACUUACUGCCUGGGUUUGGAGGGGCGAGAACACCAAAAAGGACCAAAAGACAAUCACUGAGGAAUUCUGGGAGACCGAGGAGACUAUCAAGCCGUUGGAAGUUGAAGAGCUGAGGGCUGAUGUUGAGACUGAGAGCGCAGUGUCCCAAAGCUCCUCACGCUGGUGGAGCCGAAUGCUUCCAUCCAGAUACUUUUUCUGGCCCCGGUGGUCGUCGUCCACCGCGCUCCGCCAGCGGAAAUGUGCCGGGUGGAGUGAAGGUACGUGGGACAGCGAUGAAGUCGAUGGGCAAUCAGACUAUGGGACGCCUCCGCCGUCCCCCACGCCACAGAAAUCUGCAUUCCAGUUCUUCUCUCGCUCGUGGACGGGGGAAAUUGUGCCUGAGCACUACGAUAUUUGCUUUAAUUUCCUCCGCCACCUCUUUGACUUGUUCGUGGUGGGCUUCCUGACCACCGUAUCCCCUCCGACCAAAUUCAUUUUGGAUGUGCUGGGGGUGCAGGGGGCCCUGAAGCUGUGGCUCCAUGGGAUGGCCAUGUUUCUGGUGUCGUCUGUUGGGAUGGCCGGACUGCUGUGGGUGGUUCAGGAGUACCUGCUGCCGUUUGCGUUGAUCUAUGGUAUCGUGCAAGCGCUGGUCAUCUCUGUCAGUGUAUGCCAGAGUGAAGCUUCGGCAGAGGGGGAUGAUGGGAAAGGUGACGGAGAGGUCAAAGAGAGCGAGGAGGAACAGGACAACAUAUGGGAGCAGAAUGAGCCACAGCAGACAGCUGACGAAAGCAAGAAGGGAGUUAAACAAAGGAGCUGAAGUCCUGGGAAAAGUGUAUUUUUGGUUGUUGACAUGCCGAUAGUCCAGUACCAAAAUCAUUAAUUGAGGAUUUAACCACUUCAACACCGACCACCAACAACUCCCCAUGAGUGAUUGACGAGCACCCUAAAUGUACCAGCACCUCUUUCUCUCCACCAGUGGAAAUGUUUUGCUCACUUUAAAAUGUACUUUUAAUUUUCCCAAAAACGAUUUUGACGUAGCACACCAUCAGGAGAAGUGGCCGAGUAAAACACUAGAAUCUGCAGCCACAGCGAUAAAACAACCAUGUUGAACCAUGUACAGAACUGAGGAACCAGCAGUGAUUGAUUGUCAGGGAAUUUCACUGAAAUACUGUGUGAUCCUGAAAGCUGAACCAGUUUUUACUUUUACCUUUAUAUGGUGAUUUAACAGCUUUGCGACUUCACGCUGUGUGUACUGCACAUCUGCAUGCGUCACUUUAUUCAUAGCUCAUUGUGGCCUCUAACAGCGUCUCUGGAUUGUUCAUAUGUGCAAUGUGUCCGCUUCCGUUUAAUGGGUUGAGUCGCCCAUCCUUAAUUCGGUCCAUUAGUCCAGUCACAGGCUAUCUUGGUGUACUUUUUGAGUGCAAUUAUAGAGAAACUGGAUGCAAAUGAUUUUUAAACUACCUUUUGCAUACAGCAAACCUUAUGAUGUUCCGUACUUAUUUUAUUUUCAUUCAUUGAACACGUUUAUAAAAAUCUGACUUCCUUAUGUUUUGGGUUACGUCAUUAAAACCACUGUGUUUGACGUAUAUUUAUGUACGCUUCGUUACAGCAUUAACUGCAUGUCUUGAUUAAUUUCAAAUGUGUUGUCAGUCUUCAUUUCUAUUUCAGUUGAUUAUAUCUGUUGUGCCUCACAGUAUCUGGUACUUCGGCCCGUUCACAGGGAAUUAUGGGUAAAGAAAUUAGAAGUAAUUUUGCACAAUUGCGUACUGACAGCUUAAUAUCCAAUGCUUUGUUGCACAAACGUGUCUCUCGCUUGCAAGAAUAGCUUUCUCUUCCUGAAUGUGUUCCACAGAUAGCGUUUUAGCUAUGCAUGAUACUAUAGAACAAUGAAACAUUUGUGAGUGACUUUUCCUUUGUGGUACUGGUUUAUAAAUUUCGAAGUUGUUCAUGUCAGUUAUUUAACCAUUAAUAUGUAGCGCUAGAAUUGUUGGUUUACUACAACCUUGAGCAAUGCAAGAAUACAUGUAACCUUUGAAGGUUCUUUAAAAUGUGUUUUUCCAUUACCAUAGAAGUGCGGGCCACUGCUGAAACCAGACAGCUGUGAAUAGAAAUGUCUGCUGUAGAGUGAAAUGCAUUGCAGCUCAAGGAUGGAUGUAUCUAGGGUGUGAGAUCUACAUCUACAGUUUUUAAGUGCUGCACACGGAGUCUUUAAUAGUCCUUACAGCAAAAAUAAACUUUCUUUUCCCAUA